UUAUAAAUAGGUGCUCAUAUUGCUUCUUAAUAGAAACAGAACAUUCUUGCGUGUCUGAUCGAGGCUGAAUUUGAUUUUCCAAGACUUAGUCUUCUUCUCUGAAACAACAUGUCUUCCUGUGGUUGUGGUUCUGACUGCAAGUGCGACGGUGGCUGCAAUGGAUGCGGCAUGUACCCUGACUUGGGUUUCGCAGAGAAGGCUAGCACUGAGACCAUAAUCAUUGGGGUUGCACCAGUGAAGACACACUUUGAGAGCUCUGAGAUGAGCUUUGGUGCAGAGAACGGUUGCAAAUGUGGCUCAGACUGCACCUGCGACCCAUGCAACUGCAAAUGAAGAAAGAGUCGGAGCGUCCACAAAGGAGAUAUGGAUCUUAUGAAUAAUUAAUAAUAAGGAAGUGAGAGGAUCUGAAAAAGUACUUAUGGACCUCUGGUUUGGUGUUUUAUGUAUAGUUUGCUGUAAAUAAGACGGUCAUGGCUUUCUUCGAGUCCUUAGCCGGGAUUUGUUGAUGUGUUCACGACCGAAAUGGGUGUGUUGUUUAAAUUAUGUGUCGCUGCUUUGUGGAUGUGAAAAGAGUUUGCUUUGUAUUUUCUGGAUUAAUGGGAGCUUGAACUGUAACAGACUACUUCUCUUGA